CUCGCUCUGAUCGAUGCGAAAGCAGUGGAUCCUAUGAAACUAUGCGCUGUUUUUGAUGAGUUCGAGGGCAUUGAUGCCCUGACGCCCCUCAGGGAAAAAACCAAGUUUAGAUUCGAACCGGUGUGUACGGCAACCCUCUAUGACGACUGUUACCGUAUGGUCAGGGCCUAUGUGCGGCUCGGACAUUCCGUCGAGGAGAUACAGGAGGAAUUAGAUGUUAGGAGGCAUCUCGGACCAUAUACGUUUCUGAUUGGGCCUGGCAACUCAAUCUGUAUACUAGAGUUCCAGGCGUGUUCGGAAUCGUGA